GUAAUUUAGAUUGACGUGUGACCAGUUGAACAUUUAUUUUUUGUUUACGUUUACACCGCUGAAUUAAGAUUGCUUUUAUAAAAACGUUUGUCACAGCGGCGUGGCUGACAUAGCGGUUCGGCGUUUACAAACCUCGGAUCUGGCAAAGCGAUCCGCAUCCCAUUGCAAUUAGAAUACGCCAUCGGACGUCCAGUAAUUCUUUCGAGCCGCUUCACUCACUUGUCAUUGUCGGCACACAGGUAAAUACGCACACCAAGUCAGCAGCGUCAGCGGCAGCGGCAGCGGCAGUGGCAGCGGACAUUUGAACCGAAAAUUCUUCUUUGAGCCGCUUCGCGUUGUUGUGUUGUGUGGUGCUGCGCUCUUCUACGUGAGCGAGGCGAAGCGAGGCGUUGACUUGCUCUAAUCACGGUGUGCGGUGUCGGCAUCUGGCUGGCUUUGUUAGCUCUUACAUUGGUGGCCGCGUAGCCGCUCGCUUAGACACGUCAACAGAAUCGCAGAGAGAAUUGAGUUCUGGUACAAAGAUGCGUGUUAGCAACAUUCGCAGCGGACGCAUAUGCCGAGUGGCCCUUUGCCUGCUGGUCAUCCUGCCGCUGCUCUAUCUCCUGGCCAACUGGAGCGACCACCACAAGCGUGUCGGCGAGGCCUAUCACUCACGUUUUGGCGGGCCCAAAUUCAGUCACCAGCGGCUUGAGGGUCGGCCCCACGAAGUGCCCAAGCUAGUGGAAGGCCUUGGCAACUUCGAGCCGAAAGAUCUGAAGCCACGUAGUGGACCAGGGGAGAAUGGGGAGGCCCACAGCCUGUCGCCGGACAAGAAGAACGUCGCGGAUGACUCCGAGAUGGAGUAUGGAAUGAACAUCGCCUGCUCCAAUGAAAUUUCCAUGCAUCGAUCGGUGCGCGACACGCGCCUGGAGGAGUGCAGGCACUGGGACUACCCAUACGACCUGCCACGCACCAGCGUCAUCAUUGUCUUCCACAACGAGGGCUUCUCGGUGCUGAUGCGCACCGUCCACUCGGUGAUUGACCGCUCGCCCAAGCACAUGCUGCACGAGAUCAUCCUCGUGGACGACUAUUCGGACAAGGAGGAUCUUCGCAGCCACCUGGACGAGUAUUCGAAGCAAUUCAAUGGCCUGGUGAAAAUCAUACGAAACAAGGAGCGUGAGGGCUUGAUACGGACGCGAUCCCGGGGCGCCAUGGAGGCGACUGGUGAGGUGAUUGUCUUCCUGGAUGCCCACUGCGAGGUGAAUCUCAACUGGCUGCCCCCGCUGCUGGCGCCCAUCUACCGGGACCGCACCGUAAUGACCGUGCCCAUUAUCGAUGGCAUCGACCACAAGAACUUCGAGUACCGGCCCGUGUACGGGACGGACAACCACUUUCGCGGCAUCUUCGAGUGGGGAAUGCUGUACAAGGAGAACGAGGUGCCACGCCGCGAGCAGCGACGAAGAGCUCACAACUCGGAACCGUACCGCAGUCCGACGCAUGCCGGCGGGCUGUUCGCCAUCAAUCGCGAGUACUUCCUGGAGCUGGGCGCCUACGACCCCGGCCUGCUGGUGUGGGGCGGAGAGAACUUCGAGCUGAGCUUCAAGAUCUGGCAGUGCGGCGGCAGCAUCGAGUGGGUGCCGUGCUCACGCGUCGGCCACGUCUACCGCGGCUUCAUGCCCUACAAUUUCGGCAAGCUGGCCAGCAAGAAGAAGGGCCCGCUGAUCACCAUCAACUACAAGCGCGUGAUCGAGACGUGGUUCGACGACACGCAUAAGGAGUACUUCUAUACGCGUGAGCCUCUCGCCCGCUACUUGGACAUGGGCGACAUCACGGAGCAGUUGGCCCUGAAGAAGCGCCUCGGCUGCAAGUCGUUCCAGUGGUUUAUGGACAACAUCGCCUACGACGUCUAUGACAAGUUUCCCGGCCUGCCGGCCAACCUUCACUGGGGCGAGCUGCGCUCGGUGGCAACCGAAGGCUGCCUGGACUCCAUGGGCCACCAGCCACCGGCCAUUAUGGGUCUCACCUACUGCCACGGCGGCGGCAACAACCAGCUCGCCCGCUUGAACGCAGCCGGCCAGCUGGGCGUCGGUGAGCGCUGCGUCGAGGCGGAUCGCCAGGGCAUUAAGCUGGCCGUCUGCCGUCUGGGCACCGUCGAUGGACCCUGGCAGUACAACGACCACACCAAGCAUCUCAUGCAUCGCGUCCACAAGAAAUGCAUGGCCCUGCACCCUACCACGCAGCAGCUCACGCUGGGCCACUGCGAUGUCAACGAUAGCUACCAGCAAUGGUUAUUCAAGGAGAUACGUCCACGCUGGUAAAAGGCGGGAGGAGAAGCAGGAGCAGGAGCAGGGGCAGGAACAGGAGGAGGAGUUCGCAGCGGAGGAGCUAAUGCAAAAAUCUCAAUAGGGUUUCACCAAGGUCGUGCGCGUGGAAGCCGUCGUGGAGAGGGUAGGGCCAGAGCCAGAGGCAGAUUUUAGACAAAAGCAAUUUAGUGAAAAUGAGAAUGGAAUUGUUGUUGGUUUUGUAGCGCAUUUACAUACACACAUAUACACACACACACACACACACACACAGAGAGACAGACAUUUUUGUAACGCACUGUUGGGGCAGGAGGCAUAUGACAUGAGACUGGCAGGUGGUCCUGUUCCGACCAAGGCAUCAAAUGCCAUGGCAAUAUUAGGAUCAAACACACAACUCAAAAACAGCAACGGAAAUAAUCGAUAAAACGAUAUUCAGGAUUUCAAAUCUAAUUGUGAGGAGAGAAUAUGAGGGGCGUAAACCCCCCUAGAAUUUGUAGAAUAUAAUCUCAAAUCCUUCGAAUGGCAAUUCAUUAACUAAAACACAUUUAAAAUUUGUCUUACAAAUAAUUGUUACUCGCGAAACAUUCAAUAUUCGUAGUCACUUAUAAUAGGAACAGGGAUUGUCGUCGUCCCAAUGCCAAGUACUUUUAAGGAUCUUCAAGAUCAACUUUAUGUCUGAAUGUUGGUAGAGAAAUAUUCGAAAAUUGAAUUGGAAACAUGAAUAAGCUACAUGUAGAAUGAGGGAAUGCAGAGCUUGCCAGCAAAUAUUACAUUCAAUUAAUUAUUCAAGAACCGCAAUCAGGAACUGGGGCCGCCAGGCUAGAGGGAUUGCCAGGUCCAUGUCCUUCCAUGUCAUGUUUUAAAAGUGCGCCUGAGUGUGGGAGAAUGCGAUUGAUGGAGAUGAAAACGAGGGAUACGGCGAUAGAAGAAGAGAGAGAGAGAGAGAGAGAGAAGUCGUUGUGCAAUAGAGAUAACAGUAUACACAUAGAAUAUGACAACGGGUCGCAGAUUGUUUUAUUGCUUAAUGAUUGCCAACCCAAAACACGCGAAACAAAACAAAACAAAA